CUCUUUUAUUUCCUCAGAUCUAACCAUUGUCCUCCUGCUAGCAAUUGGAUAAAGAACCUCAGAGUCGAUAACAAAGCUAAUGCAAUAUUCAAGAGAAAGUUAUGUUCUCACACGGUGUCUAGAACCACAGGAUCAUAUUCCGAUAAGACUGGUGGAUGGUGGAAGCGACUGUGCUGGAAGGGUGGAACUUUACUACAUGGGAAGCUGGGGAACUGCAUGCGAUGAUUCCUGGGAUUUAGCAGAAGCCCAGGUUGUUUGUAACCAACUGAAAUGUGGACAAGCUCUAACUGCAACAGUUUCCAGUUGGUUUGGUCCAGGAGUGGGGCCUAUUUGGUUAGACUGUGGAGUGAAUGAUUCUGUUCUAUGGGAAUGUCUGAUGGAGUCAUGGAGUGACAGUGACUGCAAUCAUAAAGAAGAUGCUGGUGUUAUCUGCUCAGACCACAGAGCUGUUAGGCUGCAGGAUGGAGCAAACCCAUGUCAGGGCAGAGUUGAAGUUUUCUACAAUGGGACCUGGGGGACUGUUUGUUCUGAUUCUUUUGAUAUGGAGGAUGCGGAAGUUGUUUGUAAACAGCUCAGCUGUGGAUCUGCCCAAUCUGUGGAUGUUGAUGUUACCUUUGGAAGCGGUUCUGGACCAAUCUGGCUCGAUGAUGUGAACUGUCGCUUGCAUGAUAUGUUCUUGUGGCAAUGUCCAUCUUCACCAUGGGGUGAACAUAAUUGUGACCACCAGGAAGAUGUUGGAAUUAUCUGUUCAGAACUAAGUCCAAGGAAAAUACGCAAUGAGGGAGACAUGAAGAACAGUAAAACUCAACUAGCUUCAGAAAAGUUUGAAUUGCGGUUGGCUGCAGGAUUUAAUAAUUGUUCUGGAAGAGUUGAAGUAUUCACCAAUGGUACAUGGGGAACGGUUUGUGAUGAUUCCUGGGAUAGGAAGGAUGCUGCUGUGAUCUGUCGGCAUUUAAACUGUGGUCAUCCAGUCUCACAUCUGGAAGAGGUGCUGUUUGAAAGAGGAAAUGGCACAAUAUGGAUUGAUGUAAUUAAAUGCAAGGGGAGUGAAUUAUUCCUGUGGGACUGCCAAUUGUCAGUAAUGGCCAAUCAUGACUGUGACCAUAAAGAAGAUGUCAAUUUGAUAUGCUCUGGCCAUCAAGAAUUCACAGAGCCCUUCAACCAGCAAAGAAUCCCUCUCUUCAUCAUCCCUUGUGUUUUUAUUAUUCUUUUGAUUGCUGUGUCAAUUGCUUUGGCUGCAGAAUUACAAAGAAGCUUUCAGAAAGGAAGGAUGUGGUCACAUGUUAGCUUGAGACAAUAUACAAGGACAUUAGACAAAUUAGAGAAUUUUCUUUAAACAUUGUUGAUCGGAGACCAGCAUUUGAAACUUUUUAUCUUGCACUCAUCAGACGAGGGCACAAUGAAGAGUUUGCAUUUACCACAACAUGAGAAGUGGGUACUGAUUCGUUGGAGCAUGAUUAACACAAAGAUGUGGCAAGUGGGAUAGUUAACAGGCCAUCUUCAUUCUCAGACCAGUCAGAGAGAUUCUGAUUGGUUAGGACAUUGUGAUCAGGAUACAGCAGAUAUUGGCUAUCUCUAUGACACCAUUUGUUUUGCAAAUAUUGUGUUUCUUACAUCCUAGUUCAGUUGAGUGUAAGACUGCUAUGAACCAGACACACCCCUCUGUAAAUAUAUUAAGAAGAUGGCCUAGACCCUAUCGUUUUCCGUAUUUUAAAGCCAAGUGCCAGG